AUGGCACGCGAUCGCUCUCCCUCUCCCGGUGAGCAGAAGGACCGCCGCAAACGCAAGAAAACGAGGUCCGCCGGCGACUCCUCCGACCCCAAGGGCGACAGCCAAACCCUAACUUCUGACUCGACGCCGCGGGAUCCCUCUCCCGAUGAGCGGAAGCGCCUCGGCAAUGGCAAGACCACGAGGUACGUCCGCGACGACUACGUCGUGAUCCUGCGUGGCGCUCUGGAUUUCCGCCGCAUGACGGGCUUGAUGCCCUCCAAGUCCAUCUUUUUCGCCCUUUACGACUCUAUCAAGGACAAGCUUCACGAGUCCCUGUCCCAGGAACGGGUAUUUAGCAAAUUCCUCUUCCUGCGCCAUAAGCUCAGGCAGCCUCCCUCCAAUGGACAUUCAUCAUACAGUGACCUCCUCUAUGAGCUCGCCGCCAAGCUCUGGCCCAAGGAUGAGAACGCGAUAGGCGUGAAGAAUGUUAGAAAGAAAGAGAAGACACAAAAGAAGAUUGAGGAUGUGGAGAUGGAAGAGAAAAAUGAUCUUGUGGAGAUGGAAGAAGUAGAGCAAUCCUACCCUUAUUUGGUCGCUUCUGCGAACGAUUUUUGGAAAGCAUAUGGCUUGUCGAAUGUACUGUUGGAGACAGGUUUGAAGCGGUUGGAUCCCUUGAAGGCCAAAGCUCUAGAGGCGAAGUUGAAGAAGCAUUUCGAGGCCGAAAUGGAGAUCAAUGCAGAAUUGCAAAAGAUUGACUCUGACAUCUUUGCACUUCUGAGUGCAACAUCCAAGCCUAUAUAUGAGCUCAUAGAUUGA